AUGCUGGAUAUUCUGUUGACAUGUACUGCGAUAGCAGCAUACAUGUUGGACGGCGGUCGUAUUUCUGUCGGUUGUUUUCUGCUCACUAUUGUUUGCUUGGCAAAGCAUGAUGCAUCGUCGUCGGUGUCUGAUGUUAAGCGCGGUGAGGAUGAAGGGGUGAAAAGCACCGAAAAAAAAACAUGUUGCGGAGGUAGUAACGGACAAUGCUGUUCGUCAAAGAAAGGAUCAAAAGGGGGCUGCUGUGGUGGCGCAUGUUCCUCCAAGAAGUCGAAAACUGUGAGUGUAAAACCUAGCGCUACCAUCGAAUCAAAUAAUCUUGCCACAGAUUUCACAGAGGCUUUCAAAAGCCCUAAUGCGUCAAAAUCCGGUCCUAUGAAGAAAAGAAUGCCAAGGAUCAUUUCUAAAACCGGCAAGGGCAGUGGAAUUAAGGCGGCUAAGAACCAGCAAAGUUUUUUCAAGAAAGCGCUCACUAUUUCAAAAGGAAAACUCAUUGGAUCACAGAUAUAUAUCUUUUACAGUUCCCUCCAAGGAGCAGCUGAAAGAUCAGCGAAGCUUCUGAGUGGUGUUUUAUCUGAGAUCAAGGACUUGAAGCACAGCCCAGUCAUUCUUAACAUUGACGAAUUAGCGGAUUUUGAUGACUAUUUCGUUAAUGUUCCAACCGAGAACUCGUUAUACUUUUUGGUUUUGCCCUCUUACGAAACUGAUUCUCCAAUCGAUUACUUUUUACAAACGUUGGAGGAGAAUGCAGAAGAUUUUAGAGUCGACAAGUACCCUCUUAGAAAGUUGGUGGGUUAUUCUGUUUUGGGUCUCGGUGACUUUGAAACUUGGCCUGAAAAGUUCUGUUAUCAAGCCAAGACUGCUGACUGUUUGAUGGCAAAACUGGGAGGCCGCAGAGUAUUCCCUGUUGGUGAAGCAUGCAUGAAGUAUGAUGGAGAUGCUAAAAUCACCCGGUGGGCACAACUACUAGCUAAAACUUUGCAGGAUGAUGAGCCUAUACUAUACGAGUACAAUGAGACCUUCGACGACGACGAAGUAGCAGAAAUCAACCAAAAGGAAACUUUGGGAGAUCUUGAGGAUUUCGGAAAGUUGUCGGAACUUCCGAACACUGGUGAGAUGAAAAAGAUGAUUUCGAAAGAUAGUCCCACUUACAAAAAUCUGACAAAGCAAGGCUAUACUGUGGUAGGUUCUCAUUCUGGUGUCAAAAUUUGCAGAUGGACAAAGAGCGAUUUAAGAGGAAGAGGCUCGUGUUACAAGCACUCUUUGUUUAACAUCGUUUCUAGUAGGUGUAUGGAGCUUACGCCGUCUUUGGCUUGUUCUUCAAAGUGUGUUUUCUGCUGGAGGCACGGUACCAACCCAGUAUCUAAAAAUUGGAGGUGGGAGGUUGAUGACCCCGAAUACAUCUUGGAGAACGCCUUGCAAGGACAUUACUCGAAGAUCAAGCAAUUGAGAGGUGUCCCUGGUGUCAUUGCUGAGAGAUUUGCCAAAGCUUUUGAAGUCAGACAUUGUGCCCUUUCCUUAGUGGGUGAACCUAUAAUGUACCCUUUCAUCAGCCGGUUCGUUGAGCUUCUUCAUGAAAAAGGCAUUUCCAGUUUUCUUGUGUGCAAUGCUCAACAUCCAGAACCUCUAAGAGAUCUAGGGAAAGUAACUCAACUGUACGUUUCAAUUGACGCGCCUACGAAAAUGGAACUGAAAAAGGUUGACAGACCUCUAUAUCGUGAUUUUUGGGAAAGGAUGCUGGAAUGCUUGGAAAUUUUGAAAACAACUCAAUCGCAUCAGCGUACUGUUUUCCGGCUCACCUUGGUGAAGGGCUUUAACAUGACAGAGGUUAAGGCUUACGCAGAUUUGGUCGAAAAGGGAAAGCCAUGUUUUAUCGAGGUAAAGGGAGCAACGUUUUGUGGGUCUUCUGACGGUAAUGGUAAUCCUUUAACCAUGCAAAACAUACCUUUCUAUGAAGAAUGUACAAAUUUUGUGAAGGCACUCUCGUCCGAGUUGCAGCAACGAGGUUUGGGUUACGACGUGGCUGCGGAACACGCUCAUUCUAAUUGUAUUUUGAUUGCCAAUACGAUAUUCAGAAUCGAUGGAAAGUGGCAUACACACAUCGAUUUCGAUAAAUUUUUUGAGCUACUCAAGUCUGGAGGCACUUUUAGUCACUUAGACUACAUCAAGGAGACACCAGAAUGGGCUCUAUUCGGGAAUGGCGGGUUUGCUCCAGGGAAUACUCGAUUUUAUAGGAAAGGCAAGAAACCAGCACAAGAUAUCAAAACUGAAGCCGUAAAGGUGGCAGAAGUAAGUGCUUAA